AUGGGGAAGGCCACUGUGCAGGAUGCUAGAAGUUUAAAGAAAGCUUUGGACAGUUAUGGUUUUGCUUCUGGGCAAAUAAUUAAUUGGUCUAAAAGUUUUGUUUAUUUUAUCAACACUCCAGAGUUAAGAAAGAUCAAGAUAAGUAAUAUCUUGGGAUGUAAAUUAGGGAGUCUUCUUGCAUCUUAUUUGGGGCUUCCCUUAGGCCAAGAUCCUCCUGACACUUUCUGGGGAACUUUGGUUGAUAAAUUCCAUAAAAAUCUAGCUAGCUGGAAGGGCUCUCUUCUUAGCCAAGCUGUUAAGGUUCAAUUGUUGAAGUCAACUCUUCAAAGCAUCCCUCUUUAUGCCAUGAGCCUUUUUAGAAUUCCUACCAAGUAUGUAGAGGUUAUUGAAAAGCUCUAA